AUGGUACUAAGAAGUUUAUGGGAUUGGUUUGAUAAUUUAUUGUCAGAUGAUGGUCUAAGUCUUAUUCAUGAUUUUGACUUUUGCUUUAUUGCUCAAAAUUUGUUCAAGGAUCUAAAUGAAUAUUUCUCGAGAAAUAUUUAG